UCGGCAAGUCGGGAGAUGUGUGCUCUGCAACAAACAUGCGGUGCUUUUCCAAAGUCCAGUUUACCAAGUUCGCUCUCUUCCUCAUGAACCUUCUGUAUCUGGUGAGUUCAUUUCUCAAGCCAUGGACCACAUGAUAGGCUGUGCGGUUUACUACUGAUCACAGGCGGCAUCUUGCUUCUGUCCAACACCCACUACAUACUGAUAUCCCGUCUGAUCCAACCGUCAUCGAUGCAACCGAUUUUCUACUACGUCGCUCUGGUUUUGAUGAGCAUCGGCUUGGUCAUAGUUUCGAUCUCGAUUCUUGGAUGUUGGGCAACACAUUUGGAUAAUUACUGUUUUCUCGCAUUCUACCUGUUUGCGCUUUUGGUUCUCUUGCUGGCUGAGAGUGUGAUCGGAAUUCUUACGGUCAUAUUCCCUGAGUAUCUCGGCGUGAACUUGAGCAGGGAUGCUUUGAUGAGCCUCUGGCAACGGACCUACGGGGUGCCCGGCAAAGAGCAGUUCACGGCUUCUAUUGACCUCGUACAAACAAGAUUCGAGUGCUGCGGGAUCAACAGCGGGAAUGACUUCCAGGCGUCCUGGUGGCGGCUCCGGGAGUUGGCGCCCCCCUCGCUCCUGGUGCCCCUGUCCUGCUGCGUCACCAACGUCACGGACCCCGAGGCCUACCUUGACCCUCAACCUCUGGACACGAGCGUCUGCCAGAAACAGCACCUCGAGGACUACCGCGAGUUCAGGCAUUCUCAGGGAUGCUUCGAGCCGUUGAACGAGUGGAUCGUGGAGCGGGUGAGCAGUCUCAUGUUGGCCGGGAUCGGGAAGCUCACCAUCCAGCUGCUCCUCCUCCUGGCCAUCAUCCUCAUCUACGCCGAGCGGAGUCACAAGUCCCGCAUCGUCGUCUGCUCCACCACCGUCUCCCGCUCGGCCGUCUCCGGAUCCAACUCCUGUGUCCAUUCCAUAUGACGCAUCGACUCCAGUCUCAAGAAUCCAGUGGAUAGACUCAUUUAGUGGACGUCGUUCGAUACAUCGCGAUAGAAUAAUCGAAAUCUAAUCGGCUCGUUCAAAUUGGCCGCCCUUUGACAGUGCGGUAAAAAUUAAAAUGGCCAAUCGAGCAGUGGCGUGGCGUGCUUUGCGAUAGAUCGAUUCAUCUGCUAU